AAAAGUUGAAAUCGCUUGUGUAAAGUGCAUAAAAUAUUCAUAGUGUGUGCAUGCUGGGGCUUCAAGUUUUAUUGGCUUACAAAAAGUUCAGGCUGCCUAAUAAUUUGCUCUAAAAAGCAAUUAGCCUCAAAGUUCUCAUGCCACAAAACUUGCAGAGCACACUGCGAGCUUUUUCGGUGUUGGUUAACCCCUGCAGCUAUCGAUAACUUGUUAAGUGACAGCAAAGCUGAGAUUUCUGAGUCAAAUUAAUUAUACGCAGCAAUAUGGCCAACGAAUAUAAAUUAGAUGAAGCGGACUUGGAUCUCAGCCAGGAUCUAGAAUUUGUUGAUCAAGUGCUGCGGGCAAAUAACGCGGAAGCUGAGCCCGCAGUGCGACGCUAUAUACUUGAUUUGACCUAUACUUUAGCCAGAAAUCAAUUAGUUGAGGCACGCCGCUUUGCCAAUUUAACAAACAAGCGCUGCAUUGACGAGAGCGAUUUGCAAAUCGCCAAAAUUGAAGCCACCGAUGACUUCAAGCUAGGACCAGGGCAGCUGACCAAGCACAUUGUGCAGCCCUUGACGGUACCGUCAGCUACAAAUAGCCUAAUCUUACCGCCCUGGCGACAUUGUCAGGUGGGCGUUACCGCAGAGCUCAAGCAGCCCACACAAGCUGAAGCUGAAACCGACAAGAGCGAAAACCCAGAUGCGCCACCACCCAAAAAGCAGCCACGCCUGCGCAUUGACACAAAUCCAACAAACCCGACAUAAUUAGCGUUGAUUGCGCAUUUAUUA